AUGGACAUUCGAAGUCCUGGCUGGUUACGCCCGGAUACGGCGUUGUUAUCACAUGCCGCUGGCGAUUUUUACACUCAUUCGUCUUCGUUCCAACUGGGCGAGGAAAACAACUCGGGAGUCACUUCGCCCCAUCAACUAUCUGUGACCUGGGCACCGCCAUGCGACUUGAAUAGAGGUGGCUGGCAAAUGCAGAGCAGCGCCGAUGCCAAGAGGGAAUUCUACAAAGGACAAAGGGGCAGAAGAGCUGCAUCACAGGAGGACCACAGAUCUUACGAACUGAACGAUUUUCCACUGCAAAACCAAAGCAGCGACGCCGAGAGCAGCCACCACGAACCCCAGUUCGGCCAGCAUCCGCCAGGGAUUGGAUUCGAGGAUGGCGGCGGCGGCGGCGGCGUUGACGUUGAUGACGAGGAGGACUACUCAAUUUCCGUAUCGGCAAUAAUGCAGAGACGUGCCAGUGUGCGUGGAUAUCGGGGCAAGCGCGGCAGCCGGAGUUCGCGGCGGGCAUCCAGUCCCAUGGAUCACGUGCUGGAUAGUGUGGAGCGGCGGCGCUCCAGUGUCUAUACGACAAGUUCAGAGGAGGGCACCAAUCAGGAGUCCACGCAAGAGCAAAUCUUUGAGAACAUCCGCCUGCACAAGGAGGUCAUACAGUCGGUGAAGCUACAGCCAUGGCCCAUCCGCAAGAAGCUCAAGUUGGUGCGGCAGGCCAAAACAUAUGUGGCACGCCACGAGGGCGCGCUCCAGGAGCGAUUCGCCAUGUCACGCAGCACCCGGGACUUGUGGGCGAGGUUUAAAAUUUUAAUGGCGGCAAGAUGGAGGCACUGGAAGCGGGAGACGACCAGCUUCCUCACCGUCCUCAUUCCCUGGGAGCUGCGCAUCAAGGAAAUCGAGUCGCACUUCGGCUCCGGCGUGGCCUCCUACUUUACAUUCCUGCGCUGGCUUAUGUGGGUCAAUAUCAUGAUAGCCAUUCCGCUGGUCGCCUUUGUCAUUGGCCCGGAGUACUUUGCCACGAAGCACGGCGAAACGGAUCCGAGGAAAAGGAUGUCCGACCCGGAGGCUCGAGUGGCCGGCAAUCUUUUCACUUUCUGGGAGUUCGAAGGAUACAUAAAAUAUUCACCUAUGUUUUACGGAUACUAUUCAAGCACAUCCGGCAUUAGCACGUCCGGAUAUAAGCUGCCCUUAGCCUAUUUCCUCACCGCCGUUCUGGUCUAUAUCUACAGCUUUGUGGCGACGCUGAGAAAAAUGGCGGAAAACUCGCGCAACUCGAAACUUUCCUCGAAGGACGACGAGUGCGUCUUCUCCUGGAAGCUCUUUACCGGCUGGGACUUUAUGAUUGGACACGCGGAAACGGCCCACAAUCGCAUCGCAUCCGUGGUGGUUGGCUUCAAGGAGGCCCUGCUCGAGGAGGCCGAGAAGAAGAAGGAUAAUCGCAACUGGCGGGUGAUACUCCAGAGGAUACUGGUCAAUAUCCUGGUGAUGGGACUGCUGGGUUUGUCGGGUGCCACGGUCGUGCUGCUGGUCAAUCACUCCGAGGAUUUGGCCAAGCACGACAACUGGCUGAGUCGCAAUGCGGUGAACGUGACCAUGACCCUGCUCUCCUUCUUCCUGCCCAUGAUAUUCGAGGCACUGGGUCUGUUCGAGAACUGGCAUCCCAGACAGCAGCUACGAUUGCAAUUGGCACGAAUUAUGAUCCUGAACAUGUUGAACUUGUACUCGCUGAUGUUCUCCUUCAUCUACAAGAUCAACAGUAAAGAAAGACCGUUGCAACUGCUAAAGAUGGAAAAUGAAACCAAUACCAUGGAGCUGAAGAAUCUGCUGAGUUCAAUUGAGGCUCUAAGAGCCAUGACCCCGUCUCCUUCUCUUUAUAGUGAUAGUACAUCGGAAGGUCUAUUUGAUGAGGAUAGUGGCAACUCCACCGAUGGUAUCUUCACCACCACAGCUGCUGCCGCUUUGAUCUCCACCACCGUGCAGCGUCUCAAGUGCUAUAACAUGACUGUGAAAUGCUCAAAACCACGCACCAUCUUCAAUGCUAAGAACUUGGCCACCACCCUGAUGGUUUUAAAUCUGACAACGCCAACUAUGGUGCCACCAACUUUGCCCACAACAUGGCCCACCACAACACCCACCACUUUGAGUACUUGGACAACGACGGAGGCAACUACUACGACCACCACAUCACCUUGGACCACCUUACCGCCCUCGACAACGGACACUGAAACAACCACAACGACUGAAAGAGCCACUACAACCACAGAGGCACUCGCAGCAACCACUUUAUUAACAACCACUGCCAAAAUUACUAAUGCAAUUCCGGACACUACAAAAUCUCCAACUAAUAUCUUAACUUCCGAGUCACCAACAAGUAUCUCAACAUCCAAGUCACCAACAAGUAUCUCAACAUCCAAGUCACCAACAAGUAUCUCAACAUCCAAGUCACCAACGAGUGUUUCAACUUCCGAGUCACCAACGAAUAUUAAUAUUCCCAAUUCAACAACUAAUGUUCCCAACUCAACAUCUAAUGUUGCAAUUCCAAGUUCUACAACAAAUAAUGCUGUUCCAAACUCAACAACUUAUAUUGCAACUUCAAGCACAGCAGCAACCACUACGAACACCACUAUUUUACCACCCAGCAGCACCACAAAAAUGAUUACAACCACAACCACUAAAUCACCGAAGCCAGAAGAUAACUUUUCCUACACCACGGGAAAUGAUGAGGGAUCCUACGACUACGGCAGUGAUGAACCACUGGCCUCUGCCUCGGGUGCAACAUCAGAUGCUCCUGAAAAUAACAGCUACUCCGAUAUAACAGAUAACUUUUCGGAACCCUUUGAUAUGGAAGAUUUCGAUGACCAGGAUGGCACAGAGCAGGUUAACGAUCCACUGGCCAAAGUUUUAGAGCAAGUGGAUGAGGAGGAGUCAAAAAAGCGCAGUAAAAGAGCAGUUGGUGAUCCACCUCUUUGGCGUUCUAGUAAGUACAGCAAGCGGCAUCGCAAUGAUUCCUCAGUCUCACCUAGUCAAGCGGGAGAAACCACUGAGGCGGGAAAUGCCACACCCAGUCGGUGGACCGGAAAUUGGACACCCUUUAGACCAACCAUUCCAAGCACCACCACAACAAAAAGGCCGCUGAAUGGGAUUCUCAGCAAAGAAGAGUGGGAAAAUCUCAGGCGUUUUAGAAGCAGGCAAAGCACAUCUACAAGUACUACUACCACAACUACUGAAAGACCCAGAAGAAGAUACCAAACUACUACUAAUGCUCCUCAAGAGGAUGCAUCCACUACGGAGAGUUCCACGGAAUCAACAAGUCCAGAGAGCUCCACCUAUGAAAGCAGCAGUAGUAGCAGCACCACCGAAGAAGAUGAGUCCACAGAGGAAUCAGUAAGGACCACUUACUACCUAGGCAAUGUGGAUAUAUCGGAGACCGGGAGUACCAGCUAUUACGACGAGGACAGCGAGGCGCUAGACGAUUGUGUGAUUACCAUUUGCCCCAAGGACGACAUCUUCGGCAGCACCACCGAAAAUCCAGAGAGCACCACCCAAAGUAGCGACUCCAAGCAGCUAACCACCGUGAAACUCAGUCCAUUGGAGCAGAAACAAAAGCGUCUCAAGGAGGUGCAGCUGGCGAUUAAGAAAAUACAAACCAAUUUGACUACCAUGUGCUGGGAAACUUCUCUGGGCCAGGAGCUCUCCAAAGUCAUCGUCUUCGACGGGCUGAUGUCCAUUGUGGCGCCCCUGUGCAUUGACUUUCUGCGCGCCCUCUUCGUGCGGUAUGUCAAUCAAAACUGGUGCUGGGACAUGGAGAAGACCUUUCCCCAGUACGGCGACUUCAAGAUAGCCGAGAACAUCCUGACGUUGAUUAAUAACCAGGGCCAGGUGUGGAUGGGCAUAUUCUUCUCGCCGGGCCUGGUGCUCAUCAACCUGGUCAAAUUGAUGAUCAUGAUGUACUUCCGUUCGUGGAUAGUGCUCACCUGCAAUGUGCCGCACGAGGUGGUGUUCAAGGCCUCCAAAUCGAACAACUUCUACCUGUCGCUGCUGUUGACCAUGUUGUUCCUUUGUGUUUUGCCCGUGGGGUAUGCCAUUGUCUGGCUGCGUCCUUCCUGGCAUUGUGGACCCUUCUCGGAGUACAACAGGAUAGCUGAGUUUAUCACCAACACAACGAGAAAUGCUCUGCCUAAACAACUCCACGAACCCCUGGACUACAUGACCUCGUCGAGCACUGUGAUUCCACUGCUGCUGCUGCUCAUCCUCAUCAUCUACUACCUGGUUUCCCUGACAGGCGCUCUGCGCGAGGCCAAUCAGGAUUUGCGCACCCAACUGCAGAAGGAACGCGAGGAGGAGCGCAAGAAGAUCUUCAAGGUGCCGGAGGUCAAGCAGGCGGAACCUACAGCCACCGCGCUGACAAAUCGCUGGCGCAAGGUCCUGGAGGCCAGCUCCCCGGUUACACCCACCCAACCGCCGGAUUUCGACACGGAGGAGUACAAAAAUCAGGCCCGGAAAGAGCUAAUCUCACGCAUCAUGAAGAAGGCACUGCGCAAGGGCUCCGCCACCUCGGAUGAGGACUCGUUUGUGCGGCGGGAUGACGAUGACACGGAUACGGAACACCAGGACUCACUGCCCCACGACGAGGAGGCCAAGGACAAGCGCUUCGGUCUGUCGCGAUUGCAGCAGAUCCGACGCACCCGCAAACCCUCCCUGGUGGACAUCGUUCAGAUUGCCAAGCAGGAGCGGGCACGGGCCGGAUCCAUUGUGGCCGGGACCAGCGCGUCGGCAACUGGCAAUUUCCCGGUGAAGGAGACCCAUCCCAGGAGCCGCUUCAAAGUCGAGAAACACGAGCGCAAGGAUAGGUGCAGCAUGAAAGAGAAAAAGGACACCAAACACAAGCAGCCGCAGCCGCCACCCUAUGAAUCGCCCAAGGACAAUGAACAUGAUCCGGAUACAAAUUCAAGGAUUGUCAGCGAGCGCCGCGCCAGCUUGCUAAGGAGAAACAAGGAGCAGGCGGAGGCGGAUGCGGAGGAGGAGCCCACCACACCAGAACCACCGCAAACACCCGUUCCGAAAGACAAGGAAGCGGAGACGACUCCUUCUCCACCCGAGGAAUCCACACCAGAAACUCCCCCGCUGGCCAAGAGCAAAUUCCACAUAGUUGACGAAAAAAAGCCGCCGCAGGAGGUCGAAGAUAAACCCUUGCCGACAUCCAAGGAAAGUGGUGGUGGCGGUGGUAGCCUGGGCAAAUUCAAGUUCCGCAAAAACAAAUUCAAGUCAAAUAAUGCGGUGGCCAAGCCUGAGCCCGAAGUUUUCAAGUUCGAUGAGCGAAGUGUGGAGAAGAGCACGGAUGUGCCUGCAACUCCGGCGUCAGAACAUCUGAACAGCGAGUUGUGUGGCGGGGAGGAGCAGGAGAGGAGCCUGCCCUCACCCACGCCCAGCCAAGGUCAAGGUCAGAGUCAGGGUCAGGGUCACCACCAGCGGCAGUUGUCUGUCCUUUCGCGACAGGGACGCAAAAAGAUUGGCAACCUAUUGGCCCUGGUUCGCGAGGCAGUCAAUCUCAAGAAAGACGAUGUGGAGCAGGGUUCGGAUGAGUCGCCGGGUCCCACCACGCCCACUUACUUGGCCUACACACCGCCACCACCUCCGUCAGUAUUGUCCAGCGUGUCCAGCUCCACGGCCCUGGAAAUGCCACCCACUCCAGAGCCGGAAUCGCCCACGCCCAGUGCACCACUACACUUUGGCAGUAGCACUUCCUCUCGUCCGCCCACGAAACCACCGAAGCCCCCAGUGGUGCCCACAUCGGCCACUGCUCCAACGGCCACAAUGGACGAUCUGGAGGAACUGGACAUGCCCGGACCCAUCACAUUCCCCAAGCGCAGCGAUUCCCAUCGACGACGCACCAUGCGACAGGACUCGCAGAGUUCCAUUUGGUCGGAUAACAUACCCACCAUCACGAUUAGCACCACCGGCAGCGACGAGUGCAUUGUGGAUGCAGCUGCUCCCCAAAAUGGACUGCCCGAAUCGCGAAGUACUUCGCCGGGGCCCACGGUCAAUAUAAUUAAAAUUGACAUUGAGAAAGAGCAGGGGAAAUGAUAGGCCUGCUGAAGAAGUGCCUUCAACGCCAGAUUGUCUUCUUAACUACAGAAAUUAGCAUUCUUCCUACUCUAACUAACAAACUUACUAACUACUUAGCUUGAAUCUUGUUCUUCAGCAU